AUGGUGAAUACUGUGUUUUACCAUUUGUACGCCGUUCGCAAUUCAAAAGUGCUGCCGAAAUUUUCCUGUUGUGCUGAUUACUUGGUGAGGCCAAAGUACGUACUCGAUCAAAAAGAUGAUGCGAAUCUAGAGGAAUUCGCGGAAUCGCCAAUGCUUACCGAGGACAAUUGGUAUCCGAUAAAUGUGUUGAGGAAUUCGGCAAGACUUUUUGUUCCAAAGCAUCGCUUGAUGACGUUGAGCGACGCGCAAUUCAUGUUUUCGUUCAACUUCGACGAGUCAGUCUCGCAAAACGUCGAGAGUGGGCUGAUCGAUUUGAGGAGAGAUUUGCUGGUUUAUCGAAUUUUCGAAGGAUAUCCCGAUGAAGAAUUGGGGUAUCCGUUGAGCAAGCAAGAGUUGAGAGGAUCGAUCGACGCUCAGCAGACGAGGCUAUUUCAUGAGGAGGCUGCACCCGAAUCUCACUGGAUACCAGAUAUGAAAACGUGGCUAGGCACAACAACUUUGAAUGGAACUGUGAAAUACCGAUAUUCGGAUGCCGCCUGGGAACCACAAUUUGUCGCUCAGAACACGAUCCCUUUUCACGAUGAGGCAUUUCCAUAUCUAAUUAGAGAUAACGCGAAUCAACGUUGGGAGCUGUGUAGAGCCGGAUAUCGAUUCAAGGUCUUGAACGGAGCUUUUGCGAUUCAUCCAGGCUUCAAAUCGAAAGAAGAUGCACAAUCCGAUCAAGAUGAUCGUACAGUUGUGCUGGCUAGAUAUGCUAAAGCAGUUCACAAUUUCAACAACUGGAUGGAUCUUCGAUAUCCGAAGACGACGAAUAAAUGCCCAAGGAUGAAAGCCGAUGAUAAAAGUCGAAGAGCGUAUGAAGAUAGGCAAAUGCUUGAGCUGUACUCGAGUGCCGAGCGGAAACUUCGAGUCGAGCAGAUGCGACACGAGAAAGAAGAGGAACAGAAACGAGCCGAAGAUGAUAGAAAAUGGCAAAUUAAUGUGGAGAUUUUAAGGGCAAUCAAGAUGCAAGAGAAUCCCGGAAAACUCCCGGAACCAUUAGCAAAUGAAGAAGCGAAUAAUUAUGAA